AUGGAGACAUUCUAUAAUGGUCUCAAUGGUCCUACUCGUAUGGUGUUGGAUGCUUCAGCAAAUGGUGCUAUUCUUUCUAAGUCGUAUGAUGAGGCUUAUGAGAUUCUAGAGAGAAUUGCUACUAACAAUUAUCAAUGGUCUAAUUCAAGAGCUCCAAUGGGUAAAAAGAUAGCAGGAGUACUUGAAGUUGAUGCUUUGACAGCCUUGUCAGCUCAAGUAGCAUCAAUGAGCAACAUGUUGAAGAUUCUUAGUGUUGGGAGUAAACCACCACAAGCACCAGUGGUAACAUCUCAAGCACCUGUGAGUGAUCAGGGAACGAGUUCGAAUGGUGGAAAGAUGCAAGCUAAGGCUACUUAUCCACCAGGUUUCCAACAACAACAAAGGCCUCCACAAGCUACUCAAACUAACUAUUUAGAGACUUUACUGAAAGAGUAUAUGGCUAAGAAUGAUGAUGUAAUUCAGAGUCAAGGAGCUUCAUUAAGAAAUCUUGAGGUUCAAAUGGGGCAACUUGCAAAUGAAAUCAGAACUCGAGCACAAGAUUUGAAUGAAGAUAAAUUGAAGAGAAAAUCUGAGCCCACUUCAAUCCAAAAAGAUGUGGAGAAGGGUGACGAAGCAGGAAAUUCAAAGCUAACCAAUGCUGAUUCUGGGACAAAUCCUUCAGCAUUUUCUCAGCAAACUGCAGCAGAACAGUCACAUGUGAAACCGCCGCCACCAUUUCCACAACGAUUUCAAAAAAAGCAGGAUGAUGCUCAAUUCAGAAGAUUCUGGGAUGUUUUAAAACAACUCCACAUCAAUAUCCCUCUAGUUGAAGCUUUAGAGCAAAUGCCAAACUACGUGAAGUUUUUGAAAGAUAUUUUGACAAAAAAGAGAAUGCUUGGGGAGUUUGAAACAAUAGCUCUGACAGAAGGUAGCAGCGCUAUUCUAAAGAACAAAAUCCCUCCUAAAUUGAAGGACCCUGGUAGUUUUACUAUACCAUGUGCCAUUGGAGGUCGAGAUAUUGGUAAAGCUCUUUGUGAUUUAGGAGCUAUCAUUAACUUAAUGCCGCUUUCAGUUUUCAAGAAGUUAGGAAUUGGAGGAGCAAGGCCUACCACAGUUACUCUACAAUUGACCGAUCGUUCCAUGGCUCAUCCAGAAGGAAAAAUUGAAGAUGUUUUGGUACAAGUCGACAAAUUAAUUUUUCCGGCAGAUUUUAUCAUUCUUGAUUAUGAAGCGGAUAGAGAGGUGCCAAUUAUCUUGGGAAGGCCAUUUUUACCAACUGGACGAACUUUGAUAGAUGUUCAAAAAGGAGAGUUGACAAUGAGGGUAAAUGAUCAGCAAGUUACCUUCAAUGUUUUCAAUGCUAUGAAGUUUUCUGACGAGAUUGAAGAAUGCUCUACAGUGAGUGUCAUUGAUGCUAUUGUGGCUGAAAAAGUGAACAUGGAAAUCUGUGGAGGAGAUGUGAAUGGAAUUUCUCUUGAAGAGGUUGAAGAAAUAAGUGAUGAAGAAGAGGCUCAAGUCACAUGGGUUGAAUCCAAGCAAAACUCUUCCAACAUUGGGAGAAAAUUUGAAUCUUUGGGGUUAUCGGAAAGGGAGUUCAAACCACCUAAACCUUCCAUUGAAGAACCACCACAGCUUGAGCUGAAACCCCUGCCUUCACAUCUAAAAUAUGCCUACUUGGGAACUGAAGAAACUUUGCCCGUGAUAAUUUAG